UCUCACAGAAGCUCACAGGAUUUAGGUCAUUUAGGGGAAAUGGAGGAGGUAAUAGACAGAAGAAGAGAAGUUGUGGACACUACUGUAAGACUUCAUGACUAAGGAUUUCCCUGUGACUGUUGAUCGCUCUUCUCCCUCUCUCUUUCUCUGUGGCAAUUGGUCACGAGUGGCGGCGCUAUCAGCCAGCACAGUCUCAAGUAUAAGAGCCACGCUUCAUCAUGAAGGUUAUGCAUUCUGUUAUGACUCCACUUGGGUUUGGACUUACAUGAGGAUUGUGUAUUUGUGGUGAAUAGGACGAGAUAAUCAUUGACUGGCCUUCUUCAUUUGCACUGGCCGUCUACGACUGCAUAUAAGUUUUUCAGCCCACUCAUAGGCAGGCACCCAGUCAUGUAGAGAGCAGCGCGUGGAGGACACCCAGAUCACUUUCAGCACUUUCUACACAAAGAGAAACCCCACCACUCUUCGGGCUGGACUGCGCGGCGACAGCAGCCCGCCCCCCGCGUCCCCCAGCCAUGUCGUCACGCAUCGGCCUGCGCCUGCAGCUCAUGCGGGACCAAAUGCAGCAGGAGGAGCAGCGGGAGCGGCAGCAACAACAGGCAGCAUCCAUGCAUUACAUGCAGCAUCGCAUGCCAGGCCCAACUGCACCCUCAUCAGCCAUCACCGCACCAACUCACUUCCAGGCACCCAUGCAGGUGCCUGUUGAAGUGCUAAAGGUGCAGACCCAUCUUGAGAACCCCACAGACUACCACAUUCGACAGUCUCAACGGCAGCAAGUCAAGGAGUACCUGUCCACCACAUAUGCCACCAAGCAGGCAGUACACGCAGUCACAAGCUUAGUACAGCCCUCUCCACCCACCAUGCCCCAAGGUCAGACAGGAACCGUCCCACCAACCAUGCCCUCUACUUGCAUGCGCACUGAGCAGCUCAUGAACUCCGCUGGGAACAGCGCACCCAACAGUCCCAUGGCCAUGCUCAACAUCGGCUCUAGCCAUGAGAACGAGAUGGACGAGGUUAUUGAUGACAUCAUCAGCCUGCAGUCCAGUUAUGAUGACAUCCAGGCUUAUAUUGACCCUGUGGUCCAGAUGCCAAACACACUCCCGCUUUCCAGCAGCCAUUUGGAUGUGUACACAGGGCCAGGUAUGUCCGGAUCAGCUAUCGCCAUGACCAGCAACUCCUGUCCUGCAAAUCUGGCCAUAAAGAGAGAGCUGUCAGAUGCUGAAGUUCGGGCAAUGGCUAAAGAGAGGCAGAAGAAAGACAACCACAACCUGAUUGAAAGGAGGAGAAGGUUUAACAUCAAUGAUCGAAUUAAGGAGCUGGGCACCAUGAUUCCCAAAACCAAUGACCUGGAUGUGCGCUGGAAUAAAGGCACUAUUCUGAGGGCCUCUGUGGAGUAUAUUAAACGCAUGCAGAAAGACAUCCAUAGAACCAGAGAGGUGGAGAACAACUUCAGGAGGAUGGAGAUGGCAAACAAACAGCUGUGGAUUCGUAUUCAGGAGCUUGAAAGGCAGGCCCGAAUGCACGGCCUCCCCAGCACCUCGCCCUCGGGCCUGAACAACACUGAGGUUCUAAGCCCCUUCGUCAAGCAGGAGAGUAGCCCUGAAGAGAACCACCUCACACAUCAGCCCCAUCUCCCUCCUCACUACCCCCAGCAUCAGCAGCAGCAGCCCCUGUCCCACCCUCAACUCCACCAGCACCUCCACCCCCAGCCCCCACUGCAGUACCCAGCAGUGGGCAGCUCCCAGCACUUUGACUAUGCCCAGUCGCUGGACUUGUGCAACGGCGGCGGCAUCCCAGGAUAUCAGGAUGGCAUGGGGGAUCUCAGCACGUUGGGUGGAGGUAUCGCGCAGAUGGGAAAGAAGAGUGAGCUAGGCUUCUUGCUGAUGGAAGAGGCCCUGUCGCCGCUGGGAGGAGACCCGCUGCUGUCUGCCAUGUCCCCCGAUGCUUCUAUUGACAGCAGCCGCCGUAGCAGCUUCAGCAUUGAGGACUCAGACAUACUGUGACCUGGACAGCCUUGGGUGCCUCUGCACCACAUUCAUAUGAUCACACACACAGAUAUUGCAUUUAGUCUGGCACACGGGGAAAUGGGGAAAGGUGCGUUUUUGAUGCGUCCUGCCUCCAUGAAUUUCAAGUUUCAAGCUCAUUUUUAUUUUUUAGUCUGACAUUUUUUUCCUCCACAAAUAUCAUGCACGUUGAUCCAUUCAACUAAACAAAGAUAACUGAUAUGCUUGAAUUCUUGCCCCCAGAAUUGUCCUAUAUCGAAACUUUUUGUGACGUGAAGGCCAAGUAUAAACCCAUAUUCGGAAAUUGUCCUCUGCAUUUAACCCAUUCAAGUUAGUGCACAGCACACACAUUAGGGUGAACACACUGAAAACCAUGAACACACACACCCGGAGCAGUGGGCAGCCAUUUUGCUUUGGCGCCUUGGGAGCGAUUGGGGGUUAGGUGCCUUGCUCACCUCUGUCAUUUUCUGUCGGUAUUGAGAAUCGAGCCAGUAACCUUCGGGUUACCAGUCUGACUGUACAAAAAUAUGUACUCCCGCUACAUAUUGUCUUGAAGGCUAUGAAAACUUUUACACUCCAUGCAAUAUACCAGUAUAUCUUUUGAAUAGUCCAAACUAAUUUAAAUCUGGCUUUCAGAUACACGUAUUAACCCUAGAAUUGUAAGUUCAAACCACACACUCACAAUCUCUAUCUGUAGAAUUAUAUAUUUUUCACUUUGACAUCUGUCAGCCUUUCCCAUGAGUGAGACUGUCACACUUAAUGCCCCCUAAAUCCAGACAGAAAUGAUUAUUGGAGCAUUUUUUUUAUAUCACCACAUCUGAGCUCUUAAACAGUGCCUGCUCUAUCAGAGCAAUAUGCAAAGGCAGCUUAUCCUCAGACAGUUUAUCAAAACGCAGGAAGGACAGGGUUCCCACAGCCAUGGAAAACCUGGAAAUAUCAAGGAAUUGUGUUUUCUUAAUUGAUAUUAAUACAUAAAUACAAUCUUAGUUGUAUUAAUCUUAGUCCUAAGCCUUUGAGUGAAUCUCUUUUUUUAAUUAUUUGAGUCAAACAGAGUCACAAAACAGUCGGAAUGAUUCAUUAGUGAAUCAGUUUGAAUUUGAAGGAUUAGUAAAAGUGACACUGAGACUUGAAAGGUCCUGGAAAAUUCAUUGGUUAAAGUGUAUGGGAACUCUAGGGUGGCCCUGUAAUGUCCUUGCAGAGAAAUUCAAGAAGAAAAUGGACAGGUUAUACUCGGGUGUGACUCUCCAUCGAUAUGGAGAGACUUGGGAAUCAAAGAAACCUGCUCUAUUACCUUUUAGCAUUAGUUAUAAACAAAAGGUAAUAAUAAAAUCUAUUACCUUUUAGCAUUAGUUAUAAACAUAUACACACACACAUAUAUAUAUAUAUAUAUAUAUAUAGAAAGAGAGAGAGAGAGAGAGAGAGAGAGAGAGAGAGAGAGAGAGAGAGAGAGAGAGAGAGAGAGAGAGAGAGAGAGAGAGCUGCUUUUUGCAAUGUUGAGGCUUCUUUUUGCAUAACAGGCCAGAUCAGGUGCUAGUGUGUACGUUCAGUGCAGUGCAGCAGAAUGCAACAAAUUAAUUAGUUAGUCCUGUUGCCACACACUCCUAGUAAGGUGCCUUAAAGCCAAGGCCAGAUUCUUCAAGAAGCACACACUCAAAUGCCCUCUCGUAUUGGCACGCUGUAAAAUAAAGCCGACAGCUGCGAACGCCCGUUUGUUCAACUGAAGUUCAUAUUGCCCAAGGUGCCUUUCGGGGAACCUGGAUCAACAUGAAAUUUGAUCCAGCUUUUGAGCUGUACACUGAAGGAUGUUUAAUAUAUAGGAAAUGUACAUGUAUUAUUAUAGGUUUUCUCUUUUUCUUCUUCUUCCCAAAG